AUGGAAAGAACACCAAGAGAAAAAGGACUCUCUGUUCAACAAGCCAUAUUCCCCAUGGUUGGAUCAAUUCUUGGGUCGGGUAUCUUAACACUGCCCAGAGCAGUAGAGUUUUCUGGGUAUAUGAUAUCUGGGCCCAUUCUUGCAUUUAUCUCAUCAGUCUGUGCAUUUACUCUUUUCCAGCUGGUUCAUUGCGCUAAAAAUUUAGAAAGCAGUGACCCAUCGUAUUUUAAAGUGUGCCAAAAUGCAUUUUCUGUGCUUGGGUAUGUGGCAGAGGGCAGUAUAGGUGCGCAGGGCUUUGGAGCAAUGUUUGUAUACUUCCUGAUUCUUAAAGAGUGGAUAUCUACAAUGAUUGGCAUUGAGAGCAAAAUAAAUACAUUAGCAUACAAUGUGCUAUUUAGCAUAGGACUUAUUCUUUUGCCAACAUUCCUAGGAAUGCAAAAGGACUUGAAAAAGCUUGGAUUUAUCUCCAUUCUAUCAACUAUUUCAGUUCUGUUUCUUUCGAUUAUUGUUAUGAUUUCGGGAGUGCUUGCGCUCAUCCUUCCGUCAAAUGGCCAUAAAAUGGACGUGCUUAAAAAGGCAACAGGCAGCCCAUCUAGUAUUUUUGAUGCACUUUCUUGCUAUAUAUUCGGGCUGGGAUGCCAGCAGAAUAUGGUGAGGGUGUUUUCUCUUCUGGAUAAGCCAACAAAGGCCAAUGGGGCCAAAGUAGGAAGCAUUGCUAUUCUAGUUGCAUCUAUUGCAUACUUCUUAGUAGCAAAUGGAGGAUACUUUGCAGGAGGUAACAACCAGGACAAGUCUAUUCUGGACAUACUUGUGGACACUGAAAGAUACUUCUACAAAGCGAUCAUGAGUAACUUUGGUCCAACUUUGGGCAAGUGGUACUUCCAUCUGGUGAACCUUGCAAAGCUUGCCAUGAGUAUAGUUUUGCUUGGGGCAUACCCACUGCAGAUGCACCCAACAAGGGAUUCUAUAAUAUCCUUUAUUAACAUAGGGUUUAAAGAGAAGGUGGAUAAAAACAAAAGAGUUACUGAACUGGCUAUUUCAUGCCUUAUUUCUGCUGUAAUAUUCCUUCUUUCUCUAAAAAAGUUUAAAUACACCUUUGUAAUGAACUUAAUUGCAAACACUGCUAGUUGCUACAUUAUGUUUUCCCUCCCAAGCAUUUCAUAUAUUCUAUCAAAUAAGAAGAAAUUGCCAUUUACUUUGAUUUCCUAUGGUAUUUUAGUAGGAAGUAUUUUAUUUUCUUUCAUCGGUACGAAAAAUCUAUUAACGGACGGAUAAUGGUAAGG